UGUGUGUAUAGUAAUAGUCGGUGUUAAUAGUAUAGUGGGACUCUGCUGGACAAGAACGGUUUAGGACACUGCUGGACAAGAACGUUAAAGGCCUCUCUUUAUUUUUCCAGUUAGUUUACUGUUUGGUUGAAUGUAUAGUGGGACACUGCUGGACAAGAACGGUUUAGGACAAUCACUAGUAGCUACUACCGUGGGGCUCAUGGCAUAAUCGUGGGUGAUCUUUUCAUUUUCAACUCACUAUGAAUCCUGAAUAGUAAUAGUCGGUGUUAAAAGUAUAGUGGGACUCUGCUGGACAAGAACGGUUUAGGACACUGCUGGACAAGAACGUUAAAGGCCUCUCUUUAUUUUUCCAGUUAGUUUACUGUUUGGUUGAAUGUAUAGUGGGACACUGCUGGACAAGAACGGUUUAGGACAAUCACUAGUAGCUACUACCGUGGGGCUCAUGGCAUAAUCGUGGGUGAUCUUUUCAUUUUCAACUCACUAUGAAUCCUGAAUAGUAAUAGUCGGUGUUAAAAGUAUAGUGGGACUCUGCUGGACAAGAACGGUUUAGGACACUGCUGGACAAGAACGUUAAAGGCCUCUCUUUAUUUUUCCAGUUAGUUUACUGUUUGGUUGAAUGUAUAGUGGGACACUGCUGGACAAGAACGGUUUAGGACAAUCACUAGUAGCUACUACCGUGGGGCUCAUGGCAUAAUCGUGGGUGAUCUUUUCAUUUAUAGUGUUUGUCCUUUUUUUUUGUAGUUUCAUUUCUAUUUAUGAUUGAAAAACUUUAAAAUAAGAAAAGUUGUUUAAAAAAAUAUUUUAUCGAAAAGAAUUUACAGUGAAAGAAUAGACCCUGUCGGCUGUAUUAUUAUCUGUUUUGCGCCUAGGGUUUUGUACACUCUUUCUAUAUCCUUUUUUAACUUCAUUUUGUUUGGUUUCAUAAUUUAAAAUUCUAGUAGAAGUCCUGUUGGAAUAAGGUUUUGUGGUUACUAGAAAAGAAAGAUAAUUUGGAGAAAAAGGGGUUUGGGGGGUGGUUAGUGUCGAUUUUUCAUUCGAAAAGAAAUGAGUAGCUUGAACCCUUUUGAUUUGUUGGGAGAUGAUGAUACUGGGGAACUCUCGUUGCUGAUCGCUGCUCAGCAAAAGGCUGUCGCAGCCGCCACCGUCACCUCCACAGCUGCUGCCCCAAAGAAAGGCCUGGCAAAGUCUCAAGCUAAGCCGCAGCCUCCUGCUCAGGCUAAGCUUCCCUCCAAGCCUCUCCCUCCUGCACAGGCUGUGAGGGAGGCAAAGAAUGAAGGUACUCGUGGUGGAGGCCGUGGUGGACAUGGAUAUGGCCAUGGGCGUGGUGGUGGAUAUAAACGCGAUAUUUCUAAUGAUGAGAAUUCGUUCAGCAACAGUGUUGUACCUGAAGAUGGAGAGACUGGAAAACCCUCUGAAAGGCGUGGCUAUGGGGGUCCUAGACCUUAUCGUGGUGGUCGCCGUGGUGGUUUCAAUAAGGGCGAGGCUGCAGAUGGGGAGCGACCUCACAGGUUGUAUGAACGCCAUAGUGGGACUGGAUGCGGAAAUGAACUCAAACGGGAAGGCUCUGGUCGUGGAAAUUGGGGAACUCAGACUGAUGAAUUUACUCAGGUGACUGAAGAAGUUGCCAACGAAGGAGAGAGGAAUUUAGGUGAUGAAAAGCAAGCAAAAGAGGACGAGGCGGGUGAUGCUACAAACGAACCUGGAGAAAAAGAGCCCGAGCCUGAGGACAAGGAAAUGACUCUUGAGGAGUAUGAGAAGGUGCUGGAAGAGAAGAGGAAGGCUCUGCUGGCUCUAAAGACCGAGGAAAGGAAAGUAGAUGACAAGGAGUUCGACUCUAUGCAGCAGCUUUCAAAUAAGAAGAGUAAUGAUGAGGUCUUCAUCAAAUUGGGAUCUGAUAAAGAUAAGAGAAAAGAGGCUUAUGAGAAGGAAGAGAGAGCAAAAAAGUCUGUCAGCAUUAAUGAAUUUCUGAAGCCGGCUGAAGGGGAGAGGUACUAUAAUCCAAGUGGAAGAGGGCGUGGCCGUGGACGUGGUUCAAGAGGGUUCGGUUGUGACGGUGAAAUAAGAAAUGUGGGAACACCAUCCCUCGAAGACCAUGGGCAGUUCCCAAUCUUGGGGGGCAAGUGAGAUUUCUAUUUCUUUGGAACCCCAAUCGUGAACUGCAUACUUAUGUUCUGGAAUAGACGGAACUAUUUUGCAACUUGUUUUCUUCCAAAAACGAUGACCAUUGUUGUUCCCUUUUAUCUGGAAUCAGAGAUGCAUAGCAGCAGCAACGAUUCCUAUCAUUAA